GUAACUUAACACGAAAUGGCUCGUUACGUCGCCCGCACCGUUUUCGAUUCCGUCGUAUACGCUUCAGGACGUCAGUGACCGAACAAUAUAGAGUGAUUAUGUCAGUGGGCGGGGCGAGUACGCGCGCGACUCGCUAGUGACGCGGCAACAUGAACGCACGCAGCAUAGACUUCGGCAUGUCCGUCGAGGGCGAACAAGUGGGCGAAGUCCUAGCCAGCAUCUUCCACACGGUGCUCUUCCACCGCUCCAGCGGCAAGUUCACCUACAACAACGAGGAGAGCUACUCCAUCCGCACCGUUAGCUACGUGGACGUCGAUUGCGACUUUAUCGACUUCACCUACGUCUGUUGCGAGUCCAAAAUGCUCGUUGAGAACGUUGAGAGGGAGAUAUCGCGGUUCUCCAGCGGCCUGCGCGGAAACGCCGGCAAGUCCUCACCUCCGCGCGGCUCUAUAAGCCUCGAGUUCUUCCAGAAGCGACGGGCGCGUUGGCCCUUCCAGCAGGAAUGCGUGCCCUGGGAGGUGUGGACGGUUUGCUGCGAACUUAUAGGCAGCCGCAACGAGCAAGACAAGCGCAAUAAACACGAGAACCUUAUCGAAACGCUGCAGGAGAAAAUCGUUUACAUAACCGAAACGAUAAACCGCCACGAAUAUGUCCCAAAGAUGCCGAGUCGGUCGGACGCUGAUCUCAUUUUCGAUACGUCAUACCCCGACAUACAGCCGUACCUAUUCAAAAUACAUUACAAUCUCUCCGAUGCCUCGUCUUCCUCAGUCAGUAAUACGGUUAAAAAGAUAUUAAGUGUUUACUCCUCGUGAUGUAUAUUGAGUUUCUGUGCACUGUAAAUGUUAUCGAUCUGGACAUUCGAUUCUAAUGGGCUGCUGGUUUAAAAAUUGUGUGAUAUUAUCUCGGGGGUGAUAGAACUUAGGGAGGAGGUUUGUGAAAUAUUAUUCUAGUGAGACAGCUUUUCACCUGUAAACCUGAAACAUAAUUUUAAGUGUGUUAUAAUUAAUUUAAUUAGAAGUUUAUUAUUCAAAAGUGCAAUUAUGAAGAAAGAUGUAUAUAUUCAAAAUUAUAUAACAUCGUGUUUUUAAUUUAAUCUGUAACGUAGUUAAAGAUAUUCGCAAUGACUCCAAUGCAAUAUUGUACUUAUGCUUAAAUUAUGCACAAAGUGAUAUAUAAUUAUUUAUAUAUUCUUUAUUUGACGCGACUUUAUUUUAUUUGUUUCAGUGUAAUAUGAUUUUAAUAUUUCCGUUGUACUAUCCACUUUAUACCAGUAAUUUAAUGUUAAUUAUAAUUAUUUUAAUAGUAAUAAAUAAUUUAACCGGAGCUCUGGCUCUGAAGGCUGGUUGAAGUGUCCAUUCGAUUUUAUUUAAGGUUUGACAAUUGUUUAUGUAAUAUAAGAUUUGUUUCGUGUUAACGCAUACUGAGUGAAACUUUAAUAUUGCACGUAUAAAUAAACUAGAGUUAACGUAAGACGAAAUAUGAUUGUAGUAUUAUCGUUCCCGCACACUCGGCGGAACCGCACCAUACAUAACGCGUUGCUUAUAAACGAUCCGCCUGUUAUCGCUUCCAUACAUAUGGACUAUUGCCAAAUAGUAUAAAACUUUGCUAGACGCGUCCAUAGCUAUCUCGAUCUAGUUUAUGUGAUAUUCACGAUACGUUUCGUGCCGUCCCGCCUUGAUUUGCGGAAUCUGCGCAUGGAAUAGAAGCAAAAUCAAUCGAUUACAUUGUAUAUCUCCAUCGCAGUUUUACAAAUAUUGUUUUCUCGUUCUCACAGAGAGGAUUAAUGGAAGUAGAAGUAGUAAGAGGAUAAGUUAUUAAUUGUUAACGUUAUUUGCGUGCGAUAGAUAAGCUUUGUCUUUUUAUCUCCCUCACGCAAAUUGCGUCCUUGUUUGUUUACACAAACUAUUCCAUAGUUGGUACCAUUUAAGUACAAUGUUAGUUAGAGCUAGAUCGAGAAAAUUAAAUAAUUCCUUUUUGCUUGUAUUCCGCGCACAGAGUAAUGCCGAGAACACAUUUUCAUCCCACUCGAUACUGCGCUAGGCCAGGCUUGAUGAGUCAUACUAAAUUUAUUUGAAUUCAUAUGAAAAUUUAUGAAUAGAGGAGUAUUGAUUGACCAUAAUGAAAAAACCUGAAUGGGCUUGAAGGAAUUUGGCACAUAGAUUGUCUUGUUAGAUAUAUUCAAGUUAUAUUUUUUAGUAAGCGCAAAAACAUACAUCUGAGCGGAUGAAAUAAUGUGUUGCCAAUGAACCCGUGCAUUCAAUGUCAAUAAUGUACAAUUAUAAAAUGUCACUUUCUAAAAUAUCGACACGUAGUUUUUUUUGUGUUAAACGUGUCAACAGUGACAAUACGUACAUUUUGGAUUAAAAAAAAUUAGUCAUUAAUUUAGAAUAGUGUGGACAUCGAUAAGUAAAUUUAAGAUUGAGCAAUCGAGUUAUUAGGCGUGAUAUACACACAGUGUAAUGUGGUACAUAAUGAUAUAGUCUUUUGACUAUUUUUGUGUUUUUUUAUAUGAAAAAAAAAUCGCUUUGUGAUAUUGCAUACAAACGUGGAAAUUGAUUGUUGUAAAGAUAUCUAGUAUAGUUAAAAGCCUUAAAUAUAGAGUAUUACGAAACAAUUGAUAUAAAAAGAUUGUACAAUGCUGAUUCGUUUAUACAGAACCCUAAACUAAAUUGACAGAAAAAAAUUGUUCGUUUAGGUAUCAAUCAAUUUAGUGUAGAGAUUUGUGUACAAACGAAUCAAAGCAUUUCUGUGUUUUGUAUAUAUUUAGAUGUACAGUAUAAUAAAUUAAUGUAAAUUUUCUCAUUUCAUAUUUCCCUUCAGAUAGUGAAGUUUUAACAUUGAGAGCUUUAUCAAACUAAUGCUAGUGUAACAUGACAAGUUUCUACA